UUUGACUGACGGUAUCCCGAAAUGCACUGCUGAGAUAAUUGAACGGCGGGCGUUAUGGUGAUAGCUUGUGUGCAUGCAGGUUCCUAUGUGAAAGCGUGAUUUCCUCUGGGGGCUAUGAGUAGCGUAAGAACAAUACUGGGAUAUGCAGGAAUUGCUGGCGUGAUCGGCUUAGGGGGCGCCCUGUGGUUUAUGAUGUUGCCGGGAGAAGACAAAAGGAGAGAGAUGAUGAAGAACCUGCCGGAGGCGAGCCCCGCACGAAUGGAGGAGACGCGGCAAAGAAACACGCUGCUGCUCCAGGCGAUAAAGGAGGCUGCAGAAACCAAUGAGAACGUAGCCAGACGAUUUGGACAUUCAAGGAAUGACUGAAAAAUACAUAUGUUUAACAUACUAGAGUGUUGGGAGAAACGCGUUUUGUUGAACUGCAACAUGAGCAGAAAAGCCUCGCCAGCACUAUCACGGAUCUGUAUCUACAUACACGAAUUAAUUUAAGUGCAUUAAAACCCAGCUGUAUCUGGUGCGGCUAUGAUCUAUUUCCCGUUUGUGUAUUUUAUGAAAUAUAUAGGGUUUUUUUUUAUUUUAAUGAGCGAAUCAUGCUUUGUCCACAGUUUAUAAGUAUCGUCCUUUGUUGAUAGAUUUUCUGAAAUUAAAAUGCAUUGCGCUA